AUGGAAAUUACUAACAUCAAGGAAAAAGGAUUCAACCUUAAAGAAAAAAUCUCAGAAAGGCUUCGUCCAACAGAUGUCGAAGUUUCUUCAAACAACACAGAGGAAAAUAACGCUGAUAGAUAUGAUGAAUUAGUAGAAUAUAAUGAAAAAUACCCAGAACCAACUGCAGAAGACUAUACAACUUUACCAAAAGUUUUAGGGCAUGCUCCAUAUGCCACAUACUUGGUUUGUCUUGUUGAAUUUGCUGAAAGAGCCUCAUACUACGGUGUUAAAGAUCGUUUAAACAAUUUCAUUCAAUUGAAACUACCAAAAGGUGGUAAUGGUGCUGGUGCCCCUCCAAAAGGUACACAACAAAACGCAGGUGCCUUAGGUUUAGGCUUACAAACCGCCUCUGCUAUUACUUUAUUAUUGACCUUCUUGGCCUAUUUGACUCCAUUAUAUGGUGGUUAUAUCUCUGAUAAAAAGUUGGGUAGAAUGAAAACCAUCUGGUAUGGUGUUUGGAUUGGUGCUAUUUCUCAUGUUAUCUUGAUUAUUGCUGCUAUUCCAUCAGUUAUCAAAGGUGGUAAUGCUUUGGCUCCAACUAUUAUUUCUAUUUUAACUCUAGCCCUUGGUACUGGUUUCAUUAAACCAAAUUUAUUACCUUUAUUGUUUGAUCAAUAUCCACAUCAUCGUGAUAUAAUUGAAACCAAAAAUGACGGUAAGAAAGUUAUUGUUGCUAGAGAAGCUACUUUAGAAAGAAUGACAUUGUUUUUCUACUGGGCCGUUAAUGCUGGUGCUUUCUUAUCUUUAGGUACCUCAUACUGUGCUAAAAGAGUCGGUUUCUGGUUAGCUUACUUGAUUCCAGGUAUCGUCUAUAUUAUCAUGAUUCCAACAUUAAUGUUAUUAUCACCAAGAUUGAAAAAAGAAACUCCAAACGGUAUUUCAAUCUUGGAAGAAGCUUUCAAAGUUAUUAGAUACACAUUAAAAGGUGGCUGGAUUAAAAGAAUCAAAGAAAACCAAUACUGGGAAUAUGCUAAACCUUCCAACAUCGUUGCCAGAGGUGAAGUUGAAUCUACCGAAGCUGUCAACAAAAAGGGUAAAAAGAGAAUUUCAUGGACUGAUCAAUUUGUUCAAGAUGUUAAAGUCACUAUAGAUGCCUGUAAAAUCUUUUUGUUUUUCAUUAUCUAUAACAUUAAUGAUGUUGGUAUUGGUGGUAUCCAAAAUUCUCAAGCAAAUACAAUGACCACUAACGGUGUUCCAAAUGAUUUAAUCAAUAAUUUCAACCCAUUGACUAUUAUUGUUUUCAUUCCUUUCUUAGAUUACAUUUUAUACCCACUUUUGAGAAAAUUGAAGAUUGAAUUUAGACCUGUUCACAGAAUUUUCACCGGUUUCAUCAUUGCUUCAUUUUCUUCAGUUGCAGGUGCUAUCAUUCAAUGGAAAGUUUAUGAAACAUCACCAUGUGGUUAUUAUGCUACUAAUUGUGAAAUCGGUACUGGUGUAUCUCCAAUCUCUGUUUGGGUUGAAACUGUUUUAUACGUUUUAGCUGCUUCAUCUGAAUGUUUUGCUAAUACUGCUGCUUAUGAAAUUGCAUACACAAGAGCUCCAGAUUCAAUGAAAGGUUUAGUUAUGGCCUUAUUCCUUUUCAUGCAAUCUAUUUCUGCUGCUAUUUCUGAAGCUUGUACAUCAGCUUUGAUUGAUCCUCAUUUAAUUUGGCCAUUUGUUGCAACUGCUAUUGCUGGUUUCAUUUCAGCAUUCAUAUUCUUAUGGUUAUACCGUGAUUUACACAAAGUUAUGCACGCAGAAAGAUUAGAAAAAGAGGACAAGAUGAAGCAAGAAUUUUUACAAUACCAUGAUAUGAAGUUUAAUAAUGAAAAUGAAUUAGAAGCUGUUGUUAGUCAAAAACUAAGUAUGGAGGAAGAAAGAAAACAAGAACAAAGUGUUGAAGGAACUGUUUUCGUCAACUCUUUGAAGAAAUGA